GCCUAGACGCCCGACCCGAGCGUCCCGUCUCCUAGUAACCAGCCGCUAGCCCCCUUUUCCACGACUCAUUUCUUAAUCCCUGCCUGAGGCUGCCGCACCUGGAUGGAACGCGCAUGCGCAAGGCUGUCUCUCGCAGCCUCGCCUUCCCUCAGUUUGGAACACCUGCUGCGUCGCGGCGGUGGCUUUGUGCCACUUUUCCCAGGGCUUGGGCAUCAUUCUGGACCCAUGUUCUGUGAACCGCUUACUCUCAGAGCUGCUUUCGGGCGCAGCUCCUGCUGCAGCCAGGGCCCGUUUCGAGAGAGCCUUCCAGGUCCAGCCCUCCCGCUGCAGCCGGCAGGGAGCAAGCCGGCCUGUCCCGAUGACAUAGACACUAGGUUUUUACAGCAAUUCUCUGAUGACCUUGAUAUGGUAGAACGCUGUGUAUUUCAAGAGUAAGCUCUUGUUUGAGGAGACUGACAAUUCCUGUUUUCGCCAGAUUUCUUCUUGAAUGGCAACCUAAAUGCCAGUCCAAAGAGGCCCCCAAUAGACUUGUUCAGCCUUCAUGUCCUCAACUCUGGGGAAGUUAAGUAAUCAAGUUGAAGAAACGCUUCCACUACUUAAAAAGGUACCUGCAAAUUACUUUCAUAUUUGUUCAGCUAUCCUAAUGGGAUUUUCACUUAGUAAAUCUGCUACUCAGGUAUCUGCUAUGCAUAUGGAUUCAAAAGUGGAUGAUCACUUAAUACGAGGGACUGAAAAAAGCAGGCUGGAACCAGUGACUCAGUUAUUUCAAAACACCAAGAAAAUAAGAUUAGAAGACACAAAUCAAGAAAACUUUACAAGGAUUGAAGGGACUGGCACAGGAUCUCUUUCUGAGAAAGUCUUGGGUUCAGUGGUAUAUGUCAAAGAAAGUGAUGGACUAGAAAUGACGGAUGUGGAAUGAAGAAAUUUGUACGUAUUACCAAAGAAACCAAAAAAUGCCUUUGACUAACAGGGGGUGUUGAAAGACAACUUAACCUUAUUAGGAAACCCUGACAAAAUGACGGAAGACUAUUGCUUUAUUUUGCACUUUUUGUGAAUCAUCUUACACUGCAUUUUUUUAUGAUGCUUAUUCAAAAGCCAGUUGCUUUAGGGUGAAAAAGCCUUCCAAAAUUCAAAGCAGAUUUCUCUGGUAUUAUAUCCUUCUUAAAAACCAGAGUUUUUAAAUAACAGUAUUUGAAUGGCACCAAAACAUUUUCAUUUUAAUGUAUUUCUUUAAUGUGGUUGAAAAAAGUGUCCAAGCAGCCGGGCGUGGUGGCUCACACCUGUAAUCCCAGCACUUUGGGAGGCCGAGGUGCGUUGAUCACCU